AUGUCUACUAUGCUCAACUCUAAUCCGCUGUACCUUAGGUUUUCCGAACGACUGCCACCAUACGUUGACUUCAAAAUCCGAUUAUGUGGAUUAACAUCAGAAGAGAUGCCUUUGAAUUUGGAAACAUACUGCACAGGUGACAUAUCACCAGCUAUUUUCCAGACAUAUUGUAGUACAGCUACAGAGUCAUUUGCUAGAAUGCUUCUAGUGUUUGUAAUCGUUCAUACAUCGGAUCUCCACCAGUUGCAAAGGAAUCAAUCUCAGUUGUUUCCUAUAAGUUGGAAAUUGUCGUUCAUCCUGAAUUCUGUUUUGGUGGUUACAACGCUGUUCCAAUGA